CGAGUAAAUGCAAUUUAAAAAAAGGGAAGGAGAUAGGAACAGUCAGUUCAUAGAAAAUGAGAUUAAAAUCACCAAUAAUCAUGAAACAUGUCUCAAACAUUCAUGAAAUGAAAUUUUCAUGAAAAUGAAAUUUAAAUGAAAAUUAAAACAAAUGUAGUCAUUUAAUUGUGCAUGCCCCCAGUAAUUGCUCUGUACAAAAAUACACCACUGUUCUAUCACAGGCCGUUAAAAGUGUCUUUCUCUCUUUUCUUAUAUUUCUCCCUUGGGUUUCCAGGCAGUUACUCACAUGCUGUCAUGGGACAGCCAUUUCUUUAAAAGCGCCAACCGUGGGAACCCCACAGUAGAAGCCAAUUUCCUACUCUCACCUCCCUGUGCUGACACUGACAAUAAGUAACACUGGGUAAUUAUUGAUACUAAAAUGGAGACUUCGAGCAUGUGUGCUAGGGGCGGUGUCCCUGCGAGGGAGGUGAUGAUGGGGCGGGUUCCAUGCAAGAAGAGAUAGACGAAAGAAUGGGAAUUCUGCUGCAGAAGAGGCGGGACAGGGCUUUCCUCCAGACCCUGAAACACCACGUGCGAAAACAAAGGGGUGUGCAAAAGCCAGGUGCAAGUGUGGAUCUGCAAGCUGUGGGAGGGGCGCCGAGCUCGGCGGGAAGGGACUUCUCCCGAGCGUAUUCCUUUCCUGCUCAGGGACUACUUUCGGCCGUCGAGGGGCCUGACAAAAUUACUUGCCUCACAGUUCACGGCUGAAAGGGAGCGUCCAUUCAACUUUCCCUUUUCAUAGAGAACUAUAUGGAGGACUUAAAGAAGUGAAAUGACCCGUCCCAGGUCACAGCUCUGGCCCACACUGGGGUCCUGACUGCCAGUCGGCAGAUUUUCCUUCCUUUGGCCCUACCGCACUGCACAGGGUAUCAAUCCCAAACUCUGCUCCGUGCCCCGCGGUCGGAGUCUGCUCGAUGGACUACACCUCCCACAAUGCCUUUGGCCCAGGCUCCCUCCCUCCGCCCGGCUGGGUCCGUAUCCGCCAAUAGGAAAGCAGAGUUUCCAGGGGCAGUUCUCGGUGGCCAAUGAGCGCGGCGGAGGGCGGGCCUCUCCCGUCCAUUGUUCUCGGUGCCCCCUCGGGCUUGAGCCACCUAGACUCCGGAGGUGCCGGGCACUGCCCGGGGGCGUUUUUGCGCGCGGAACGACCGCGGGAUUGGCAUCUGGUCUCUGGAGAGGUGAGCCCGGAGAGCCAGAGCUGGAGCCGCGCGGGCCGAGAGAGCAGCCCGAGGCAAGGGGAUAACGGGCCUGGAGCCAGUGCGGGCAGCCCUGUUGGGGGAGGGGCGUCGGGGGCUCUGUCCCCGUCCCGCGGGCCCCCGCUCUCCCGGUUUAGGCGCCCGGUUAGCUCAGCGACCGGACAUGGACUCUUCUCCCUAGCGGUGAGCUCCGUGUACAUCCAACCAGGGGCGCAGAGUUUAGACUGGAAGGCACAGUGGACGACAUCCCGAGCAGCUCAUUUUACAGAUGGGGAAACUGAGCUUCAGAGGGGGCGUGGCUUGCCCCAGCCAGACUCCUUGUUGAAAUUUGAGGAGGGUGCUGUCUUCUCAGAGAGCCUGGCUGGAGAAGACUGAAGGUCAAGGUUAGAAGCCUGAGUGAUUCCCCCCAGAACGUGGAUCAUGGCCUCGGAGGUGCCGAGAGUAACCACUCCCCUGAGCCCCUUAGUCCGUGUCCCUCAAGAGGAAGAUGACCAGGAGGAGGAGGUCGCCACCAUGAUCCUGGAAGACGACUCCUGGGUGCAGGAAGCUGUGCUGCAGGAGGAUGGCCCUGAGUCGGAGCCCUUUCCCCAGAGCGCCGGCAAGGGCAGCCCCCAUGAGGAGGUGGCCGGAGGGCCACAGGGUGCCCUUGGCCGUCUUCGAGAGCUCUGCCGGCGCUGGCUGAGGCCAGAGGUGCACACCAAGGAGCAAAUGCUGACCGUGCUGCCAAGGGAAAUUCAGGCCUGGCUGCAAGAGCAUCGGCCCGAGAGCAGCGAGGAGGCGGUGGCCCUGGUGGAAGAUUUGACCCAGACCCUUCGGGACAGUGAUUUUGAGAUCCAGAGUGAAAAUGGGGAGAACUCUAACCAAGACAUAUUUGAGGAUGUUGAAUCACAUGAAAUGUUCUCUGAAAUGCCUGAAGGGGAAGGCAUUCCACAAUCUGACUGGGAAAGUGACUUGGAGAGAGACUGCAGCUCCCGGGGGCCCCAGAGAAACACCCCGGGGGAGGACCAUGGGGAAGUGCCACCCCAGAGCAGGGAAGUUGGACAGCUCAUAGGCCUUCAGGGCACCUACCUGGGUGAGAAGCCCUAUGAGUGUCCCCAGUGUGGGAAAACCUUCAGCCGGAAAUCCCACCUCAUCACGCACGAGCGGACCCACACAGGAGAGAAAUACUACAAAUGUGAUGAGUGCGGAAAAAGCUUUAGUGAUGGUUCCAACUUCAGUAGACACCAAACUACUCACACUGGGGAGAAACCUUAUAAGUGCAGGGACUGUGGGAAAAGCUUCAGCCGGAGUGCAAACCUCAUAACCCACCAGAGGAUCCACACGGGAGAGAAACCCUUCCAGUGUGCUGAGUGCGGCAAGAGUUUCAGCAGGAGCCCCAAUCUCAUCGCCCAUCAGCGGACUCACACGGGGGAGAAACCGUACUCAUGCCCCGAGUGUGGCAAGAGCUUUGGAAACCGGUCCAGCCUGAACACGCAUCAGGGGAUCCACACGGGAGAGAAGCCCUACGAAUGUAAAGAAUGCGGCGAAAGCUUUAGUUACAACUCCAACCUCAUCAGGCACCAGAGGAUCCACACAGGAGAGAAGCCGUACAAGUGCCCCGACUGCGGGCAGAGGUUCAGCCAGAGCUCGGCCCUCAUCACCCACCGGAGAACUCACACGGGAGAAAAACCUUAUCAGUGCAGCGAGUGCGGGAAGAGCUUCAGCCGCAGCUCCAACCUGGCCACGCACCGGAGGACCCACCUGGUGGAGAAGCCCUACAAGUGCGGGGAGUGCGGGAAGACCUUCAGCCAGAGCUCCAGCCUGAUUGCACACCAGGGGAUGCACACGGGUGAGAAGCCCUACGAGUGCCUGACAUGUGGGGAGAGCUUCAGCUGGAGCUCCAACCUCAUCAAGCACCAGAGAAUCCACACGGGUGAGAAGCCCUACAAAUGCAAUGAGUGUGGGAAAGGCUUCAGCCAGCGCUCCCAGCUGGUGGUGCACCAGAGGACCCACACGGGUGAGAAGCCCUACAAAUGCCUCAUGUGCGGCAAGAGCUUCAGCCGGGGCUCCAUCCUGGUCAUGCAUCAGAGAGCCCAUCUGGGAGACAAGCCAUACAGGUGUCCCGAGUGCGGGAAAGGCUUUAGCUGGAAUUCAGUCCUCAUCAUACACCAGCGAAUACACACCGGGGAGAAGCCCUACAAAUGCCCUGAGUGCGGCAAAGGCUUCAGCAACAGCUCCAAUUUUAUCACACAUCAGAGAACUCACAUGAAGGAGAAACUUUACUGAAGGGGCAGAGAGGGAAGGUGAGGGACUGGCCCAGGAGGGCACUUGCCACUCUGCCCCCAGACAGGGAUGUGUCUGUAGAAGAGCCAUUCUUCCUAAAGGCUUGUUGGGGAUCUUUGCCAGAAUCUUACCCCUGCUCACCCUCAUUUCUAGGAUCCCAUCGUCUUAGUGGUCAGAGUCAAACCCCGAGAACAGAGCGUAGGAAUGGAAGGUCGGAAAGCUGGGGCUUUUUCUGUCACGUUUCUCGACUUGAUUGGCUCCUUCUCUCUCCAUCCUCUGUGCCCCAGUUUCCUCUUCGGUAGAACAGGGGGGAUAUUUCUCUGUGUGGAACGGAAGACAGCAUGGCCCACAUUUUAGAGAAAUACCAGAAACCUGUUGGUGUUGUCUGGUCGUUCUGCUGCCAGUUGUUGGGCUAAGGUGCCUUCACCCGAGCUGCUAGCAUCCCAGGGCCCCUGCCAUGGCAGAACUGGCCCUUCCUGCCUUUGUGUCCUGGGGUUUGAUUUCGGGUCAAGGUGGAGGGGCUUCUCCCUUUCUGAGUCAUCCGCAUGAAGCUAAAGCCCUUUUCUCGUUCUAGAAAGUGUCAGGAACACCAGAACACGAGGGAGUCUGGCCCAAAACCAGUGUCCCAGUACCUUCCCAUUGAUAGGAGUUGCCCGGGGCCUGCCAGGGAAGGCAUAAAUGGAGGAGAUGUAUGUGUUUGCUCUUGUCUCUGCUUACUGUCCUGGGGUAAGUCGGCUGUGGGUCGGUGGGGACACAUUUAUUCUUGCAGGGGUUUAGUUUUUGAGUGUGAGGUGAAGUCAGAGCCGCCAGCUGCCUCCCCCUGGUGGGUGGUAUUUCUGUCUUCUUCAGGGUGAAACAGUCCUGCACUCUGCAGGGUUGCCUUGUGUCUUUACCCCCCAGAUACAUGGCCCUGUAAUCAUCACUCUGUGCACUUGUCGUUUUUAUCUUAUAUAUGCAGGUCUAGAAUUCUGUCUGGUAGCUUUUGUAUACAAAGAACGUUAUUUUUAAGGAAGUGUUGAUUUUGAGGACACAUCACCUGUACCCUGGAGAGAUUUGGGCUUGAAUCAAGAGUUGUCCUACAGAUGUCGCCCUUGAUCUUGGGAUGCUACCAGGGCUUUGUUCUUGGGUCCUUGAGCUAUGAAACAGUAAAGACAGGAUGAUAGCAGGUGAAGGGCUUUGUUAGGAGGGAAGAGGAGGGUAAAUAGGCUUUUCUCUCUUAAUCGUAGGGCCUGCCUUCAGAACGCACCUUGGUUCUUACAGGGUGGAUGCUCCAAAUUGCCUAAUAAAGUACAGUCCCACUCUU